GUUACUUCGCAUCUAGCCCGAAGAGAAGUCGACGUGGGUUCGUACGUCGAUGUACAGAGCAGCUUCGUUGGUAAGCGCUGAAACUGACAGCUCGCGAUCAUAGACAAACUCGAAAAUAAAACGAAAAGCUUUUUUAUUUUUCAUUAUUUCUUCUACGAUAUCGAUAAUUCAUGAACGGAGUGCGUCCUUUGCUUAAAAUGAAAGACUCGAAAGUCGCAGCGACGAUCGAGGUUCCCUUUUAAGGGUGUGAGAAAAUAAAAACGAAUUGAAAAAUAGGAAAACGAACACAUUGACCCCGGCCGGGGGUUCACAAGCUCGUUCGGCAUCGAUACGUUUUAUAAGUGGCAGUCGGGAAUGCGUUGGGAAAUACAGUCGAAUACCGUUUGAAGAAGGAAAAAAAACAUUGAAAUCAGUGAGAAAAACAAGGCUGAAAACCGUUGUUUUGUUUCGAGAUAUUUUCGAAACACUUUCGAGUCUUUUUGUUCGUGAAAGCAAAAGCUCCUGCGUCAGACACGUUUCAUUUGCAACACCCUGCAAUCCCGACGACGACACUCCUCGGGUCGUGUGUUAUUAUUUUUUUGCAACCCUCGCGGUGCGGAACAGGAGAAGGUGAAAGAGACGUCGACAUCAGACAGCACGAAAGAGCGUGACAAAAAUAAACAACGCCACUGCGAGUACAGAGAACAUUUCAGAUUCGUGAAAAGGGGAUGAGAGUGAUAGCGUAGAGUGUUUCUUUGUGCAUGUGUGUGCGAGUGUUUCUUGGCUAUUGAUUCGCCAAGCUUAUCCGUCCAAAAUUGUGUUCCUGAGAAAGGAAAACACCGGAAAUAUUAGACCGAGGAAAACAAGAGUGGAUAGAAAUAUUAACAGUAAAAUCCAGGUGUCUGGUAAAUACCGGCAAAUGGAAGAUAUCAUGGUGAACGGCAAGCUGCAGGAGAGCAAAGACGAAGUUGACACCGCUUCGAUAGACUCGGACAUAUCGAAUCCUUUCAUCCAUCAAAUCGAAUUCAACACGACUUAUGAUAAAUUGAAGACCGCCUUUUUGACAGUAGCACUGCUGCCAUUCAGACUGGCAGCUGUCACAACUCUCGUUAUAAUGGCAUGGCUGCUGGCGUGUAUCGGACUCCAUGGACUCUCGGAGGAAGAUCUUCGUCGUGCCCCUCUCACGGGCUGGAGGCGGGAUCUGAGAAUUUUGGUGUGCUGGGCCAUGAGAGCGAUGUUUAUCUGCGGUGGAUUUCACAAUAUGAAGAUCAAGGGUGAACAAGCUACGAAUAAGGAUGCACCGAUACUCGCGUUGGCACCACACUCGAGCUUCUUUGACGCUCUUCCGGUCGUCUACCUCGGUGGUCCUAGCAUCGUCGCCAAGGCUGAGGUUGGACGAAUUCCAUUCUUCGGAAAGCUGAUAAAUUACACUCAGCCCGUGUACGUAUGGAGAGACGAUCCAAACUCACGACAAAACACGGUGAAAGAAAUAAUCGAACGUGCCACGUCGAAGGAGGAUUGGCCACAAGUCAUGAUAUUUCCGGAAGGUACGUGCACGAAUCGUUCCUGCUUAAUUACGUUCAAGUGCGGAGCAUUUUAUCCCGGCGUUCCUGUGCAACCGGUCUGCAUACGUUAUCCAAAUAAACUCGAUACCGUCACUUGGACGUGGGAAGGUCCUGGAGCUCUCAAAUUGCUCUGGCUGACACUGGUCCAAUUAAGCAGUAGCUGUGAAAUUGAAUUUCUGCCGGUUUAUAGACCCAGCGAGGCAGAAAAAAUGGACCCCAAGUUGUACGCGAAUAAUGUACGACGCGUGAUGGCCGAGGCGCUCCAAAUUCCAGUAUCAGAUUACACUUACGACGACUGUCGAAUAAUCAGCAAAGCUCACACCAUGCACCUGCCCCACGCUUCCAGCAUCAUCAAGACUCAUAAACUCCGCCACAAAUUGGGUCUUCAUAAUGCCAAAACGGAGGAAGAACUCGUACAGAGGAAAAAUGUAAAUUUCUCUGAGCCUGUCAAUUUUGAUGAGUUUGCGAGAAUUCUGAGGCUCGAUGUCAAAGAUCCAUCGACUUAUCAACUCUUCAAAAUUCAGGACAGACAAAAUCGUGGAAAAGUCGAUCUCGAAGAAUACAUUUUUACAGUACAAGCAAUUGCCAAAGCCGAGACGGAGUUGGAUCUCAUCAGCGUUGCAUUCGAGGUAUGCGAUUCCAACGGUGCAAAAUGCUUGGAUGCAAAUAAAUUGAGAAAAGCAUUAAGGUUCUCGCUGCAGCUCAGCCCCGAAGAAUCCGACAGGAUUUUUCUCGAGGCAAAUCAAUUGGCUGGUAUUGAGGAUUCCGUCAAUCUUGAGGAUGUCCACACAGUUCUAAGUACGAGGCAAGACUUCGGACAUCUUUACAGCGGCGAGAUCGCAACGGGGAGAAGAAAAAAGACCAUAUGAGAGUGCCUGUUCAGCUCGUCGGAAGUUCCAUUAACGCCCAGUAAAAAAAGCCGAGACUCGGACAAGCCACUUCUCACCGAGAUAUGCUCAAGUCCGGUUUGAGAAGGAGAAGAUAAUCACCUCCAUCUCAUCCUGUUUUUUUGGGCAGCGACAUCAGAAUCUUAUGAUCGUUUUGGAGUAGAACUUCCAACUGGUGAACAAACGAGACGAGCUGCAAAAAAAAUGUUAAUAUUAGUUCAAAUAUUUAUGAGAAAUAGAAGAGAAAGGGAGAGAGAGAAGAGAAAGAAAAGAAAAUAGUAAUGAAAAAGUAUGCGCGUUGUAGUACUGCCCGAGCUUCGAAUCAGAAUUGUCAAUCAAAAUUAUGUCGAGAAAAAUGAGAAAGAAAUAAAAUAGUCACGUGUAACGUGCCGUAAUUAUCGUUAGGGGCAGAUUUUCUCAGCACACGCGGUACGUUCUUCCUCCUCGAUGUCCUUACGUCAUUUUACGACGAUAGGAAUCAUCGUUUGUAAAUAGUAGCUGAGUUUAAUAAAAGAGAGCUGCGCGAGACGAAAAACAAAAACGUAUUCAAUAUGUAUUAAAGUUGAGAGACCUUUUGAGAGACAAGCGGAAUAAAUAAUAAUAUAUAAUAAUAUAGAUUGCUCAGGGUGAUUACUUCUUUUUUCGUAACUGGCCCAGCUGAACGAUCAUUUGAAGAAUAAUGAACAGUGGCGAGAAAUUUUCUUUAAUUUAUCUCCCCCCCUCUCCUCCUAUCGCCAAACGUGAAUGAUUGAAUGAAAUAUUGUUAAGAGAAUGGGUAAUUUGUUAGCCUUUGAAUUACUAUCUCGGCCAUGACAUAAGGCUUCAGAGGUCACACACAUUGAAGCCCAAUUAACUGUAUCUACGACCACUGUAGAAAAAAAAUAACGAAUUAGACUUGCAAAUUUUGUUUAGCAUAAAUAUACUAUAAAAUUUAUUAAUCGCUCGGUAACAUUGCAUUAUAUUCGAUAUAUAAUAUUUAAUAUUCAAUUAUAUCGCGUAGAAGGAGGAUUUAAAAAAGUAAAAUGGAAAAGAAAAUUGUAAGAAACAUUGUUCAUGAUCGUACGUCGAGAUAAAAGUAAACGAAAAAGAAGAAAAUCUUAAUUACUGCAUGUCAGGGAGACGUUUUUAUGUACCUCGUGUAUCGAAAAUGCUCCAGACGAGAAAAACUUACAUUCGCUGUCCUAAAUUUCGUAGCGACGAAAAUAACGGCUUCGAACACUUGAUCAAUAUAAACAUGUUUAUGCUCAAUUCUGGAUCAUUUUAAAUACCGAUACAAUAUUAAUCAUUCACACGGUAUAUUUCUGUGUGUAUUCCAUUUACACACAGCUGUAUACACCUGUAUACAGGAUAUAUAUAUUUAUGUAACUGUAAAUAAUAAGUGAAAUAAAAUAUUCUUACAAGAUGCA